AUGCCGCCUAAACGCAAGGCAACAAGUUCUGCAGCACCAGAUCUUGCCGUGCCUGCGAAACGGAAACUCCGUAAGACUCACGAAUUACCGGUCAUCCCUUCUCCGACGUUGAGGAGGUCAACGCGCGGACAUCCUCAUGCCCCAAUAGCUCCACCACAAACAGUGGAGAGCAGAGAACGAUCACCUCUUCCUCGCCCACACCGCGCUCGUGGUCUUGUGGCGGAUGCACUUGCGGAGAGCGAUGCAGACGACGCAGACGACGCAGACGAGCUACUCUUGACACCUUCCAGGAAACUCCCUGCAAGACCAGUGACGCCGACUAGAGUAUUUACCCCUCGGGGAGCCGCACGUCGUCUAUUAUUUGAGGCAGUCGAGAUAGUGACUCCAAGGAGGCUUUCAAGGUUGCCGACGAAGGAUAAUGCCUCCCCUGCGCCUAGCCUCUCGCGAGCACAAGCCCAACGCCUUCAACGUGAGCCACAUGCAGCAAUUCCUGCUGCACCGCACACUCCAACAAGACGCGCCUCGCCGUCCCCGUCGUCACCGUCCAAGCGCAGAACUAAUCAAACAUUGUAUGGAUCUCCAGAGGCUGUAAUCUCCCAGGCCAAGCUGUUAGUACAUCCUGAAUCCAGUCCACAUUCCCGGACAACGUGCCCUCGAAAGGUUGACACAUCGUCCACCGCAUCAGCGUCCACAACACCGAAACAAAAGGCAGCCGCCGCCUCCCACGCUUCACUCAGUCGCCUGCCGCACAUUCUUCCUGCAUAUCUCCACGCGUCUCUGGACAGGCAAAAGCGAUCGAUAUUAGAGUCGCUUCAGACCUUGCCACAUGUAGAAGUUGAAGAUGCCGCGGUCGACGAGGACGGUCCCUCCACAACUCAGAUCGCGUACGAACAGCUCAGUGACCUCCUCAAGGGCACUGCACUACGUGGAGAGGGAAAUAGUUGUCUAGUGAUUGGACCGCGUGGCAGUGGGAAGACACGAUUAGUUGAGCUGGCCAUUUCUUCUCUUCCGGACAUGCCUAUUGUCAUAUGUCUGUCUGGAUACGCACAACACAACGAUCGCCUUGCUAUACGCGAGAUCGCUCGACAACUUGCCUCUCAGACCGGCAACUCUCUCCUCCCUGCGGAUGCAGAGAAAGACGCCGACGAGGAUCCAGAGAAUCCCUUUAUCGAUACCGCAGAUACCACGAUUACUCUCCCGCCUCCUGCGCAUCUGCUAGCUCUUAUAUCCGUCAUUCCCACUCUUUCUCGCCCUACUGUCAUCAUCAUCGACGCGUUCGAUCUGUUUGCGACACAUGCUCGUCAGUCACUCUUGUAUUGUCUCCUUGACACGGUGCAGAGCUGUAGGGCUAGCAAAGCAAACAAAGGCGUCGCAGUCAUUGGCGUGACAACUCGCGUCGAUACAAUCAAUCUCCUCGAGAAACGGGUGAAGAGCCGCUUCUCCGGGAGAAUGCUGCGGACGGCUUGUCCCAGUAGAGUUUCUUACUGGAUGGCUCUCGCGCAAGCAGUUUUGUGCGCGCCGGUUGAGAUAGAUGUAAAUGGCCAGUGGCCGUCGCUAUGGGCGCAAUGUGUCCACACUUUCCUGAGCGACGAGACGGUGAUCAGAAUUUUUGAAGAGACAUUUGCACUGACCCGGGACGUGCACAUACUCCGUCGCAUACUCGUGAACUCAGUACUUGAACUCACGCCUGCGACGCCGCAUCUCUCGCCGUCUAAGCUUGCUGCUUCUGUAGCCAUCCAGCGGUGCCCCUCCCGGUUCCCCUUCCUAUCCUCAUUGCCCUAUCCUGCAAUAUGCCUGCUCAUCGCCUCGGUGCACGCUCCAACAUCAGGGCACGACACAUUCACGUUCGAGAUGCUGCACGAAUGCUUCCGCGACCACGUUCGCACAUCGCAGUCCGCCCCGGUCCAGGUCGAAGGCGGCGGCAUAGGCAUGGUACGAUGCAGCCGAGAGGUGCUCAUGGGUGCCUUCGAGCGGCUCGUUUCCCUGCGGGUGCUUAUAGCAGUCUCGGCGCCUUCAGCGGGCACGGCAAAGCAGUUCGUCAUGUAUAGGUCUGCCCUUGACAGAGUGGACGUGAAGCGAGCCGUCGAAACGAUGGGCCAGACGAAUUUGAAGAAGUGGUUCAGCAAGGCGCAAUAA